AUGCCGCUCUCCCCCCAAGACAUUGUCAGAGAGUACGUUGACGAUGGCAGUUCCUUGGAGCGGGUGAACCACCGCAAGUCGCGACUCAAGAUGGCCAUCGUCGAGCCCAAUCCAGCGUGGCCACAGCGCUUCCUGGACACCAAGGCGCGUAUCGAAGCCGCACUGGGCGCGACCGCGGUUGCCGUUCUCCACGCCGGAUCCACCAGCGUCCCCGGCCUGCCGGCGAAGGACGUCAUCGACGUCGACCUGGUGGUGAGGGAUGUCCAGGACGAGGCGGCGUACGUCGAGCCGCUCGGGCGCGCGGGCUUCCUGUUCCUCUUCCGCGAGCCGGCGUGGCACCAGCACCGCUUCUUCGUCGACGAGGGCGACCGGCCCGGUGCGUACCCCGUCAAUCUGCACGUCUUCGGGUCCGACUGCCCCGAGGUCGAGAGGCACCGCAUCUUCCGCGAGUGGCUGGCCACGUCGCCCGACGACCGGGAGCGGUAUGCCGCCGUCAAACGUGAGUGUGCGGCGAUGUCCGAAGCGACGGGCGAGUCGAUGCAGGAAUACACGGUGCGCAAGGGUAAAAUCGUACGAGAGAUCCUGGACAGAGCGUUUCGCGACCUGGGAUAUAUCAAGUAA